GUUGCGCUGCACGAUGUUCCUGUCUUGGACUAUGCAAUAGGAAACUGUGAGGUUACAGUGAUUUGUCGCUCACUGAGAAGGGCUGGGACCGUUAUAUUUAUAAACCCGUUUCCUUCACUGGCUGGCCUAUUUCAUUUUCAAGAUGCCACGGUCGUUUCUUGUAAAGAAACAUUUUAACUCAGCUAAGAAGCCAAAUUACAGUGAACUGGACAGUCCCACAGUGUUGAUUUCACCAUACUUGUACAAGGGCUUCCCGGUGCCUGUCAUUCCACAACCGGAGAUUCUCAGCUCGGUGGCAUAUAAUCCUAUCACUGUGUGGACUACGAGCAGCCUGCCGCUAUCCCCUCUACCAAAUGACCUCUCUCCUAUCUCCGGAUACCCUUCGUCUCUCGGACGUGUUAGUCCACCACCGCUUUCUGAUACUUCUUCUAAGGACCACAGUGGUUCUGAAAGUCCAAUAAGCGACGAGGACGAGAGAAUCCACACCAAACUCACAGACCCGCAUGCCGAAACUGAGAAGUUUCAAUGUAGUUUGUGCAGCAAGUCCUAUUCCACGUACUCAGGACUGCUAAAGCACAAGCAACUGCACUGUGACGCACAGACAAGGAAAUCGUUCAGUUGUAAAUACUGCGAAAAGGAGUAUGUCAGCCUUGGAGCUCUGAAGAUGCACAUAAGGACCCACACUUUGCCUUGUGUCUGCAAAAUAUGCGGCAAAGCUUUCUCCAGACCGUGGCUGCUUCAAGGACACAUCAGAACGCAUACCGGAGAGAAGCCCUUUUCGUGCCCACACUGCAGCCGAGCCUUCGCAGACCGGUCCAACCUCAGGGCGCACCUACAAACCCAUUCUGAUGUGAAAAAAUACCAAUGCAAAAACUGUUCCAAAACCUUCUCCAGAAUGUCUCUUCUACACAAGCAUGAGGAAUCUGGCUGUUGUGUAGCACACUGAGACAGGAUAAGCAGCAGAGACCUUUACUACUCCAGUGGAGGAUAUAAUGAGGUUCUUUAAAACAUCUGCGCCGUCUCUUUGACUGAAAAACCAAAUCCAUGUCAUUUCAAUGUAAAACUCAGUAUCAACUCUCGUCAGUUACAUUUCAUUUAAACAGUGUUGUUUUUUAAACUUUUCCAUUGCAAUCAGUGUUUUCUACUGCCAAGUGCCUAGUUAUUCUUACUGUAAGUAGCAUUGGAGGUAUCUGACUGCAUUAGGCCUUCUCCAGUGUAGAGAUGUUCUCGCCAAUUUCAAGUAUAGGAUUGGUAUCAGGAAUGGUUACAACCAUUUUUAUACUUACCUUGCACCUUUUAAAGCAUUGCACGACACAUUCCACAUGGUUCGUGAUAGCUAUACAAAGAGGUGAUUUCCAGCCAAUAGGAUAUCUGAAGCCAUUGCUGUAUAGGGAAUUUGUGCAAGUCCUUUUUUUAAAGAAUGAAAGUAUUUAAACUCUGUUGCACAGGCAUAACGCAAUAACUGUUUGACAGCACUCAAAAUAGCAAUACUCUUGUCAAGUGCCUUAACUCAAUUAGGCAUUUGUGUAAUGUCUGUUUCUAAAUAAUUAAGUUUUGCAUUUAUAUUUUUAUAUAUUUGAAUGUAUUAUGCGUGGCUGAGAUGAGUGCAUUGUAUCUAGAUUGUGUGAACUGAAAAGGCUGAAUGAAUGUUUUUAGUGUUUUUUUUACACAUUUUAAAUAAAAUUGCAGGAAUUGUA